AUCACACCGAGUGCCAUUGCAACUUUCCCAAGUGGGCAUUCUGUCCUGUUCAUCCGAUAGUGGGAAAGCAUCAGAACCUGUGAUACCUGGUGUAUUUUAGCUGGGCAGUGGUGUGCGAUACCAAAAUCUGAGUAUUGGAGGUUGGUUUUUGAUUGGCAGACACAUCACACGGAGCGUUCAUUCGAGUCCUGUUGCACGUUGUAAGCUCAUCCCUCUGGUCCCCCAGGAAUUUUCGGUGUUUUCCAUCAAGAGUCAUCACUGAGUAGCGUUGCAUAAAACGGGCCAUGAGCCAGGACGAUAAGAAGGCGGUGAAGGCACGGGAGGAAGGGCCUGUGCCGGAGGUGAGCCAUGAGCAGCACGUCACGAUAAAGGAGCCACCGCAACAUGCGCAUGUGUCAGUGUCGGCUGCUCACCACCUCUCGCAACCUGCUAUCCAGAGGAAAGUGAGCGGUGGUGUCCUUGCAGCCGGGAGUGGAGACGCCGUUGUGGAAGAUGGAGGCACCAUCACGUUCCAGAAGAGGAUUGUGCCGAAGCAGAGAACGCAGAGCGUUCAAAGCGUGCUGUCGAGUGUUUCACUGCGGAGCUUUGUUAACCAGCACAACCGUUCGCAGGUGCAGCUUCACCAGAGUGCACAGGUUGCUGGCAACAACGACAACGGCACAGCCAAUAACAACAACAGCAGCGGCAGGAGUAACAUCAACAGCGGCAACACUGUCAACGCUGCCAACGCUGCCAACGGCACACAGCCAUCGCAGGAACAGUUCAUCAGUGCUAAAACACAUAUACAGGCACCAGCCGCUGCUGCGUCUUCCAAGCGUAAAGCGUCCUUUGAAAUUGGACAACGAUUACCCUUCAACCAAGAUGACGAGAGGUCUGUUGAAGAGUCCGCUGUUUCCAACUCUGGAGAUGAAGGAGACAGCAGUGAUAGCACAGAACAGAAUAAGAACCUCACGGAUGAUGCCUUGAAGAAACUCAGCAACUUUGCCAAAUUCCAACCGGCAGAGGUGGAUAUGAGUAUGCGUACCACGACGGCUAUUGAAGAUUACAUUCCACGGUAUGAGCCAGCAGCAGCAGCACAACAACAGCAGCAGCAGCAGCAGCAGCAACAGCAGGAUCAACAGCAGCCGGAGUUGCAACAACAGAGUGACCAGGAUUCAACACACCCGCUGCUGUCGAGAAAUAGCUCACAGAUACAGCUGACGUUGCAACCGCAGCCACACAGAGUAGUGUCACAGUCAAGAGUUCAUCAAAUCAGUCAACCACACUCGCUGUCGCCUUCGAUAUCCCAGGACUCGAAUCACAGCAGCAGACAGCAAUCUGGUACACAUGCACAACAGCUGCUGUUAUCGCAAACGACAUCUUCACAGGACCUACGCACAUUCCAGCCAUCACCAACUAGCUUUCUUGACAAUGCAAAUCUCAAGACCAUAAACGAUCCAAAAAGACCCAUGUACGUUCCAGCGGUGCUCCGUCAAUCCAAUACUAAUUUGAAGCCCGAGGAUGUGAAGCAUAUAAACGAACAAAACUCUCGCAAGUCGAAGAACGUCAUAGCAGACGCUGCUCACUCGUUGAAGUCGCAAACGUCGCAUUGGAAGCUGGGCUUUGACAACAACAACAAGCUACCAACAAGGGCACAUUGGCGUCGUGACGUUACGAGAAACUCGUGUGCUUAUUGUGACGUUCAAUUCACCUUCUUCGAAAGACGUCACCAUUGCAGAAGAUGCGGUGAUAUCUUUUGUGCACAGCAUACUUCUCAUCUCUUGAAGCUGGGACCAGAUGCCCAGUUCACCCUGGGUGGGUCUGGUGUGCUAUGCAAAGUGUGUGACAGAUGUACAAAGGACUAUGAGGAUUUUUACAAGUCCAAAUUUGGUGAUAAUUCACUUGCAAGGAAAUCGAGUGUCAUUGGUGUGGAUGAUAACACCAGACAGAAUGGCAAUACUGACAGUGUAAAUGGUGGUGCUAAUGGUGCUAUAGUUGGUAGCGUUCCAGCAGAUUGGAGCUGGAGCUCAUUCUGAUCAAUCUGAGUAAAAAGGAUGUUGAAAAUGUGCUGUAACACAACAAUGAUAAAAAGGCAGAAAAGGACCGCUAUAUAUGCAAUUAAUAACAUGAAAAUGCAGUGGAAGCCAUGG